AUCUUUCUGUACUCCCUCUCUGCAACCCUUCUGUCUACCACAGAAUAUCUUUUACAGGGAGGUGUUGUGCUACUUGAAAAUGACUACAGUUAACUUGGUGUGCUGUUUUAACUCAAGUACAAUUUGUAUUUUGAUUCAGCAAAUGGAUACUCAGUAAAGGAGAUAUCUGUAUAUUCAGGGUUGCACACUCAAGGGGAGGGCCACCUCAGUGUGGGACAGGUUAUGCAGAGGGAAGGCUUUGCUUUAGCUAUAGAGACAGUGACUAGAUAUGUUUUCUACUCUGUAUAUUAGCUCAACAUUUCAGCACUCUGUGUGUGUGUGUGUUAAAGAGGAGUGAGAGUCUUUUAUCCUGUUGAAUCCCUCUCUGCCACUAUCUCCUGCAAGGGGACUGUUAGGGCUCUGAAGCCUCUAGAAAAGUGUGAACAAUACUGAUUAUAUUCAUUUAUUUUAAGGCAAGAGCCCUCGAAUUGUACUCCCUUACAGAGUCCUCUCAACUCUCCCCUUUGAAGUGCAACAAAGAAGAAUAAAACUCUGAGGGACAAGCUAAUGGCAAGUUGUCCUCUCUGGACAGCGGACAGCCAGCCCAGGAGGGAAAAGUUGUGCUGAAGAAGAAAGUGACGCUUUUGAGGGGGAUAUCCAUCAUAAUUGGCACUAUCAUUGGAGCUGGCAUCUUCAUCUCUCCCAAAGGCAUCCUGAAGAACACAGGCAGUGUGGGCAUGUCCUUGACUGUCUGGACAGUGUGUGGUAUCCUCUCGCUUUUUGGUGCCCUCUGCUAUGCUGAACUAGGAACAUGCAUUAAGAAGUCUGGCGGUCACUACACCUAUAUCCUGGAGGCCUUUGGCCCAUUACCUGCAUUUGUAAGGGUCUGGGUUGAACUCCUCAUCAUUCGCCCUGCUGCCACAGCAGUGAUAUCAUUGGCAUUUGGACGCUACAUCUUGGAGCCUUUCUUUAUGCAGUGUGAAAUCCCAGAACUUGCGAUUAAACUUAUUACAGCUGUCGGCAUCACACUGGUGAUGGUCCUGAAUAGCACAAGCGUCAGCUGGAGUGCCCGCAUUCAGAUGUUCCUUACCUUUUGUAAGCUUGUAGCAAUUCUGAUAAUUAUAGUCCCUGGCGUUAUCCAGCUAAUUAAAGGAGAAACACAGCACUUUAAAAAUGCCUUUGCAGGGAAUGAUGCCAGUGUUAUGGGAUUACCACUUGCUUUCUAUUCAGGAAUGUAUGCAUAUUCAGGCUGGUUUUAUCUCAAUUUUGUUACCGAAGAAGUGGAAAACCCUGAAAAAAACAUACCCCUCGCAAUAUGCAUUUCAAUGAUUAUCGUCACAGUUGGCUAUGUGUUAACAAACGUGGCUUAUUUCACUACAAUCAGUGCUGGGGAAUUGCUGCUUUCAAAAGCUGUAGCAGUGACCUUUGCCGAACGAUUAAUGGGAAACUUCUCUUUAGCUGUACCUGUGUUUGUUGCUCUUUCCUGCUUUGGAUCUAUGAAUGGUGGAGUUUUUGCGGUCUCCAGGAUGUUCUUCGUUGCAUCCCGUGAGGGUCACCUUCCAGAAAUUCUCUCCAUGAUUCAUGUCCGCAAGCACACUCCUCUGCCAGCUGUCAUUGUUUUGCAUCCUCUCACAAUGUUAAUGUUAUUCAACGGGGAUCUCUACAGCCUCUUGAAUUUCCUCAGCUUUGCCAGGUGGCUUUUUAUUGGACUAGUAGUUGCUGGGUUGAUUUAUCUCCGAUAUAAACGUCCUGAUAUGCCUCGUCCUUUCAAGGUUCCUCUAUUUAUUCCAGCAUUGUUUUCCUUCACUUGCCUCUUCAUGGUUGCGCUGUCACUUUACUCUGACCCAGUGAACACAGGGAUUGGAUUUGCAAUAACGCUGACUGGCAUUCCUGCCUACUACCUCUUCAUUGUAUGGGACAAUAAGCCAAAGUGGUUCAGAAAGCUUCUAGGCAAGGUAACCACAACAUUGCAAAUCCUCUUGGAAGUCAUCCCACCAGAGGAAAAUCAGAAAUCAUGAUCAUCAUGCACAUCUUUUGGCUUGGUGUUUCAUUUCUACCUGAAAUAAAAAAAGUAGGGAGAUUUAUCCUGCUUCCUAACAUGCUGCAAACUGGAGGAACAAGUCACAGUUGCAAUGGAUACUGAACAAGUCCCUUACCAGAACUGUCUUUUAUGAUGCUGUUGCAACAUUUUUUUUUAACAUGGUUUGUCUAUAUGUAGAAAGCAAGUACUAGUGCUAUGAGGGAACUCUUUACUGUUUCUUUUGGCACAGUGUCUUAUUUUAACAAACUGUAAGUUCAUUGUACUGGGAUUUUGUUUGCCUUAUCACUGAAGAUAGGUUUAAGUGAUGUGUAAUGGCUGGGUGUACUGUGAAGAAUGGGUCUUGCUUUCUAUCCCUGGAGAUCUCAACUCUCACCAGAGCAAGGGUGAGAUAAAGCUGCUGAGUUUCACAUACUACAUUCUUCCCAUCACUCUGUUUGGCAGCCUGAUUUGAUUUCUUUUGUCCUGCUGGAAGCUCCAGCGCACAGAUGCAGAAGCACCUCCUCAGACCUUUGUGAUGGCAAACUCAAGGCUUCUUCAUUCCAGAGUUCUUACACCAUAGCCAACAGAAACAUCUUCUGAGACUCAAUAUUUCUGCCAGGGGGGCAGAAAGAUUUUAGCAUGGGAAUUUUAGCAGUAAUUUUAUGCACAUUCACUUUUUUACCAGGCUGGAAUUGAUCAUUGGUUUUACCAGGGUUUGUGUACCUACACACACAAAAUCCAGCAAGCUGAGCACUGACCUUCAAAUGUGUCAAAAUAUUUGAAGAUCACCUCCACUGCUGUAUGAGUAUUUCCUAUCUGGGAGCAUAUGUUCCUGCAGUUAUCAGUCAGGCAAACCUGAUUUUAAAGUUUAUAUCAGUGUUGGUUGGCAGAAAUAAUGUCACUUGGUGGGAACAUGGUAAUAAAUGCAAUACUUUUUUAUGAAUAAGGUAUAAGGCAGGCUACAUCAGAUCUGCUGAUUUGAGUAGGAUGUAUGCCUGAUCUGUGGGCUUUUCACUCAAGCACACUCCAGUUAACAGAGCUUUGGAACUCUGAGGAACAUGUGCUUGUCCUGUCUUCUUAUGGGUUUUAUCUCAGCAGAAAUGGAGAAAAGCUUCAAAACUGAUAAAAUGAAAUGAAAUUUAUCUCCAGAGCUAUUUUUGAGUUGAGCUCUGGCUCAAAUAUGAGCUGAAAUUUUGCCCUUUUUAAAAGAUAAUUGUAUAGCUGAAGAAGUUUUUUAAUACUUAGAAAUUGAAUUUUAUAUUCUUAAUGACUACCCAACCUUAAGGUUAAGGUUUAUUAUCACUCUGUUCGGAACAUAACACGUAACUAUUGAAUGCACUACUAUUUGAGCUGUCUGCUUUCAGCAAGUCAGGUUUCAUGAAAAUUCUUAUGGAACUAAGCAACAUUUAACUUCCUAUACUGGGAGAAAAGCACAACUAGUAGCCAGACCACUACAGUAAAGGGAGACUGUAUUGUAUAUGUGUUGUAUAUAUCCAGAAUAUCUACUGCUUUAAAGGUGUACAGUAAUGUGUCUUAAAUGUAUACAUGUUUUUUGAUUUUGUAUCUGUGUGGUGGAAUUUCACAAAAGUAGGGAAAUGCAAGUAACUGCUUAUGGAGAAGAGCAGUAAUUUAAGACACAGAAAGCAUUUUGCAAAUAGUGUUUUUCUUUAAAAGUUUUCUGUUUACAGUAAUUUAGUAUUAUUUGAAUUUUUUUUAGGUAAACAUUUUGAGAGAGUUUUUUGUGCUGACAGUGGAUGUGUUUAUUUAGUACUUACAUUUGGGUCACAAUUCUGCCUUUGAGGCCAUCUCCUGCCAUCCCCAUUCACUGGGGUUUGGCCUCUGUCGUCAUGGAGCAGCUCUGAAGUGCACAAACUCUGCUCCUCUCUGACAGAAAUAAACUGUCACUCCCUGCAGGAGUGCACCUAACCCAUUCUUUCCCUUAUGAAUGCAAAGUGCAUGGGAUCCAGAGCAAACCACUUCCAGAGCCACAGUGCAUGCGACUUUUUCACUCUGACUGUUCUGUUCCCAUGUAUUCACUCCUGUUGUGCCACAUUACUUGAAAAUUGGAUUCUUGGCAAUGUUAACUUGUAGAAAUAAAUGGGCUCCAUAAAUAUAACUGAAUGUUGUUUUA